CUUGGUGAACUCGUGUCUGUGUGCAUCUCUGUGGAGAACAAAGCCAAAGGAACUGUUAAAUUGAAGGGUCAGUGUUUUGUUUUGUUGAGAGAACUGUUGGAAAAAAAAGUACACCUCUGUCUUCUCCUUGCCCUGAAGAACUAGCACAACAAUUAUGAGGAGUUUCACUGCAGCAUUUUUUAAUUCUAAACUUCUGUAUACGGCACGUGUGACAGCAUUGAAAGAAAUAAACUGUGUGAGCAACCUGAUAUCCUUAAGGACUGUGAGCACUCAGAAGAGGACAUGUCCACUAUUCUCUGUCCAUCCCAGUCGAGGGCUGGUGGAUGAGAAGUUUCGGAUUGUUGUAACAAAUUUACCGCCAAGUCAAAAGGUCACACUACACUCUCUACUUCAAACAGAGGAUAAGGACUUCUGGGAGGCGUUUGGACACUACAUCAGUGAUGAACACGGAACAGUUACAGGGACCAAAGAUGAAAGUUUGGGAGGCACUUAUGAAGGAGCAGAGCCAAUGGGGUUGCUGUGGAGCAUGAGACCCGUACCAGGAGGUCAACAAGGACUCAGAAUACGCAAGAGGGAUGUUCUUACACCGAUGGUAGUUCACAUUUCAGUAUACAGUGGGCAUCUAUCUCAAGGCUUCAGCCAGAAACCACCCCUGGCAACGAGUGUCAUAGAGCGCUGGCAUAUAGCACCAGGUGUGAAAAGGAUAAACAUCAGUGAGAAAGAAGUACAAGGAACACUAUUCCUACCUCCAGGCCCUGGGCCGUACCCAGGAGUGCUGGACCUGUGGGGAGCAGGCGGUGGUUUGGUCGAAUACCGCUCUGCCCUGCUUGCAUCUCAUGGCUUUGCAUCCAUGGCACUUGAUUACUUCGCUCCAAAAGAGAUGAGAUUGCAAGAUGUUGAUAUUUCUUACUUUGAGAAAGCAUACCAGAUCCUGAAGAAUCAUCCAUUGGUACAGCCGGAUCAACUGGCUGUGCUUGGGCUGUCUUUUGGAAGUAUAAUCACACUCAGUAUUGUGGCCUACUCCAAUGUCAUCAAGCCCCAGUGCUGUGUGUCUAUUAACGGAAGUCACCUGAUUCCUUUUGACAAAAACCUCUUUGAACUCAUUGAGGAGAUGAAAAAGAAUGUAGAUAAACUACGUGUGAAUGAGGAAAACCAGGUAGUUCACAGAGAUGUUAUCUUAACCACUCCCCCAGACGCACCAGUCAAAGUAGAUGUUGGGAGAAUAAAGUGUCCACUUCUGUUGGUGACUGCUGUUGAUGAUCAGGCUUUUCCUGCAGUUGAAUCUGCUGAAGAUAUUGAGAGGAUGAUGGAGAAAGCAGGAAGUCGGCGCUUGUUGGAAGUCCUGACGUAUCCCGGGGCUGGUCAUCUUAUUGAACCACCAUACUCACCUCACUUUCGUGCAACUAAAUUCAACCUAUAUUUGACAAAACAGAAAGUUCUCGCUCUAUGGGGUGGACAAACCCAAUCACAUGCCUACGCACAAGAGGACGCAUGGAAUAAGAUAUUAGCAUUUCUGAGGGAGCACCUCUGCUUCAAUGAAACACUGCAUUAUAGAAAAACAUCUAGCUGUGCCAUUUCAGCUGAGUAACUUAAUUUUAAGUUAACCCCUUUAUAUCUAACCGUUUUAAAUCUUUUUUUUUUUUUUUUUAUUGAUGACAUGAUGAUAGAUGUUCUAUUGAUGGCCAGCUUAAGGAUAAAUGGUUCUGAUUUUUAGUUCAUUUUCAAAUGAGUUUAUGGAGAGAUGCUUUUCUUUUUAAGAUUGUAUGGUUUUGUUUGUGUGCACUUUCUUCUAUGUGGACUGACACAAACCUAGAUGAACAAUCAGCAGAAAGCAGAUACGCACAAUACAUCACCCAGUGUAUAUGUUACUGUGACCAUUUAGCCAAAUAUUUAAUGUAUUUAGGGCUUCAAAAACGAAUCAAUAAAUAUUAAUAAGAAAAA